UAUACUUACACAAUGUAAUGCCAUUUGGAUCUCAUUUCUUCUCUGACCUGGUUUCAUAAAUCCAGGAUUAUUAAACACCUUGAGGCUGUUUUUACUGUUAUUGAGCCAGUCGUAAAAAAUAUAUAUAUAUAUAAAAACACAGACAAGGUGAGGGAAGAUCAGACAAUAUAAUUCUCUGACACAAAGAUCUGGUCUGCUUCUCAUCAAUCCAGCAAACUGUGCCUGGGCAGAAUGGACUCAGUGCCUUGCUUAAAGGCCCUAAGGUUGUACAGAAGGAAAACAUCCAUCAAAAACAGUGCACCUGUUGUCACCAUCAUUUGCACCAAAACACGUUACAAUGAUUCACAAUUGCUUUUGCUUCCUAACUGGACAGACUUCCCUGGUCAUUGGACAUGAGGUAGAACGUUUUAUGUGAUUCAGAGCAGGAACGUCUGCAUGUAUCUUUAAAUCAAUAUGGUUGAUUCUUACAGUAUCUGUUGUCCACAGCUGUUUUAGACUGUAUGAAAAGCUUCUCUUGUCAGUUUAAUAAAUCCCUGCAGGCCAGAUAUGUAGGCAAAUCUGCAGCCUUCCAUUUGCGAUGUGCCGUGCCAGAGCUCAGCGCCAUUAUGCCCGGCCGUCCACUGUCUUAACAUGUCGUCAAUGAAGAAGACAUGUAGCUGCAGACAGACAAGAAAAUGCCUAACAAAAUGUCAGUUCUCUCCUCUCAAAGAUCAGUUGGAGCAGCUCACCCGCAGUCCACCUGGCAGAGCCAGUGCCUCUCUGAGGAAACCUGCUGCUGUCUUCAUCAUCUGUCUGGCAGCCUGCAGGCAUUUCAAACAUCUGUCAGAGGUGUGUGACAGUGCACUUGUGUCCAAUCUGCCGCCAUCGUCCUUCAGAAGCUCCUCCCAGCUGUCCAGCAGUCACGCUCCGGGCUUCGCCAAACUCAACAGGAGAGAUGGAGCUGGAGGUUGGUCUCCUCUCACGUCAGACAGGUACCAGUGGUUGGAGGUCAGCCUUGGCGAGCGGACCAAGAUCACUGCUGUCGCUACUCAGGGCCGCUACGGCAGCUCUGAUUGGCUGACGUCGUACCUGCUGAUGUUCAGCGACACGGGACACAACUGGAAACAGUACCGGCAGGAGGACAGUACAGGGUCUUUUCCAGGUAACAGUAAUGCAGACAGUGUGGUUCAGUACAAGCUGCAGCAGCCGGCGAUCGCUCGCUUCCUCCGCCUCAUUCCUCUGGACUGGAACCCCAACGGGAGGAUCGGACUCCGACUGGAGACCUACGGAUGUCCUUACACCUCUGAUGUGGUGAGCUUGGACGGCGGCAGCAGCAGUCUGGUGUACAGGUUGAGUCCCGGGCCGAGGCGGACGUCCAGAGAUGUCAUCUCACUGAAGUUUAAAACCCUGAGGAAUUCUGGGACACUGCUGCACGCAGAGGGAGAGGGAGGACGCAGCCUCAGUCUGGAGUUAGAGAGAGGAAAGCUACAGCUGCUGCUCAGACAAGCAUCUUCUCCUCCAAGUAGGACUUCAUCCCCCGAACCCCGGCGUCUUGCUUCCCUCGGCAGCCUGUUAGAUGAUCAACACUGGCACCAUUUAGCAGUGGAGCGGCGCAGCUCUCACCUCAACCUCACUGUGGACAAACACACAGAGAGGGUUCAAAUCCCUGCGUUCAGCCACUGGGACGUUGAGCAGCUCAGUGUAGGGGCAGUCCUGGACCUCCGUUCUCAGAAACCAGUCGUCUCCAAGAGGAACUUUCAUGGCUGCCUGGAAAACCUGCUGUACAACGGCCUCAACCUCAUAGAAUUAGCUAAACACAAUGACCAUCAAGUUGCUGUAGUGGGCAAUGUGACCUUUUCUUGUGCUGAGCCAGUUUCCGUUGCCGUGACGUUCCCCGGCCCCCAGAGCUUCCUCCAGUUACCGGGAACGACGGCGUCCUCCUCAGCGGGCAUAUCCGUGGAGUUCCAGUUCAGGACGUGGAACAAGGCGGGGCUUCUGCUCACCUUCAUGCUGCCUCAGGAAGGGGGCGUGGUCUGGCUGCACCUGAGUGAAGCCAGACUCCGACUACAGAUCCAUAAAGCUGGCAGGGCGCUGCUGGAGCUCAGCGCAGGCUCUGCUCUGAAUGAUGGUCAGUGGCAUUCAGUAGAGCUGAGCUCCAGACGAGGUCGCCUGACCAUCGCUGUAGAUAAAGAAGAAGGAGGCGUUGCUCAUGACAGCUCCUCCGUCACUGCAGGAAGUCAGCUAUUCUUUGGUGGUUGUCCUCCUGAAGACGACAGUCAGGAAUGUACAAAUCCCUUCAACAUCUUUCAGGGCUGCAUGCGUCUCCUCAGCGUGGAGAACCAGCCAGUGGACCUGAUCAUGGUGCAGCAAAGACUCCUGGGAAAUUACAGCCAGCUGCAGAUCGACAUGUGUGGCAUCAUUGACAGGUGCUCUCCCAGUCGUUGUGAACAUGGCGGCCACUGCAGUCAGUCCUGGACCGUCUUCCACUGUAACUGCUCUGACAGCGGCUACAGCGGAGCGACCUGCCACAGCACUGUGUACGAACAGUCGUGCGAGGCGUACAAACACAACGGCAACACGUCGGGACAUUUUUAUAUCGACGUGGACGGCAGCGGACCAAUCAAACCGCAGCUGGUCUACUGCAACAUGACAGAGGAGAACACAUGGAUGGUGAUCCAGAAAAACAACACAGAGCUCACAAGAGUCCAACUGUCCCCAGGAGGACACCAGCAUUUAGUCCACUUUGACUACUCUUCUGAAGAGGAGCAGCUAUUGGCCGCCAUCAGCCAAUCAGAGCACUGCGAACAGGAACUGUCCUACCAGUGUAAGAAGUCCCGCCUCCUCAACACUCCAGAUGGCUCGCCGUUGAGCUGGUGGCUCGGUGGUCCCGGUCCUGGUCGUGUCCAGACUUACUGGGGCGGCGCUCAGCCAGGCAGCCAGCAGUGUGCCUGCGGCCUGCAGGGCGACUGUGUGGACCCACAACACUACUGCAACUGUGACGCCGACCGCGUCGAGUGGGCUGAAGACUCCGGCCUGCUCAUCCACAAGGAGAGCCUCCCUGUCCGGUCUCUGGUGCUGGGUGACCUCCAGAGGCCGGGGUCAGAGGCCGCCUACAGGGUGGGACCCCUCCGUUGUCAUGGAGACAAGAACUUCUGGAACGCUGCGUUUUUCGACAAGGAGACGUCGUACCUUCACUUUCCCACCUUCCACGGAGAGCUGAGUGCUGAUAUCUCCUUCCUGUUUAAAACCACGGCCUCGUCUGGUGUGUUCCUGGAAAACCUGGGCAUCAAAGACUUCAUACGGAUCGAACUGAGCUCUUCCACUCAGGUGCUUUUCUCCUUUGACGUGGGUAACGGGCCGCUGGAGGUUCGUGUGGAGUCGAGCGCGCCGCUGAACGACAACCGGUGGCAUCGAGUCCGAGCUGAGCGGAACGUCAAGGAGGCGUCGCUCCGAUUGGAUGAACUUCCUGCCGCCACACAGGAGGCUCCUGCUGACGGACACUUCCACCUGCAGCUCAACAGCCAGCUGUUCAUAGGAGGCACAGCGUCCAGGCAGAAGGGCUUUCGGGGCUGUAUUCGCUCCCUGCAACUGAACGGCGUCACCCUAGACCUGGAGGAGAGGGCGAGGAUCACACCCGGGGUUCGACCCGGCUGUCCAGGUCACUGCAGCAGCUACGGUUCGUUCUGCCAGAACCAGGGCCGCUGUGUGGAGAGGGCCAACGGCUUCCACUGUGACUGCAGCCUGUCAGCAUACACUGGAGUCUUCUGCCAUACAGAGGUGUCAGCCAGUUUCAAGUCGGGGACAUCUGUCAGCUACACCUUCAAGGAGCCGUACGAGUUGAGCAGGAACAGCAGCGCUCUGCCGUCCUCCAUCUACUCUGACAUGACGCUGAGAGGAGAGAACGUCUCCCUGAGCUUCAGGACGAACCAAAGUCCGGCCGUGCUGUUCUACGUCAGCUCCUACUACAGAGAGUACCUGGCCCUGCUCAUCAACAAGCACGAUAUGCUGGAGGUGAGAUACAAGCUGGACAGCGGCAGAGAUGUUGAAGUGUUGAGAAGUAGAGUGAAGAGCCUGGCCGACGGACAGCUACACUCUGUUACCAUCAGGAGGCUGACAAACUCUGUGUCUGUGCAGCUUGACCAAAACUCAAGAGAAGACUUCAACCUGACAUCUGACGGAGAAUUCAACGCCAUCAAGUCGUUGGAGUUGGGCAGAGUACACGAGUCUGAUGAUUUAGACGCAGAUCUGGCCAGGGUGGCAGCUCUCGGUUUUACCGGUUGCCUCUCAGUGGUCCACUUUAACUCCAUCAGCCCUUUGAAAGCUGCUCUGCUCCACCCAGACACCAGCCCUGUCAUCAUCACCGGACCUUUAGUCCAGUCCAACUGUGGCUCCUCAGCUUCGUCCAAUCCCUACGCAGCAGAGAACACACACCACCUGUCAGACCAGUCCGGUUCAGUGGGUUCAGGUCAACCAUUAGUCAAUGCCAUCAGGACCGACUCGGCUCUGAUUGGAGGUGUCAUAGCAGUGGUGAUCUUUGUGAUUGUGGCUGGCCUGGCGAUAACUGCCAGAUUCCUCUACCGGAGAAAAGAGACAUAUCGAAACCAGGAGGUGAAGGGUGUCAAACGGGAGGACAGCCAAGACUUCCCUUUCAACAACCAGACUGAAUCCCAGAAUGUCUCCGGUGAAAACCCAAAGGAGUAUUUCAUUUAACUGGAGGCCUGAUGAACUGGUGGUUUUUGGAGCAGAGGUUGCGGAUGGAGGUGUCCUGCCAUGCCUCAGGACUUUACAAUGGACUCAAAGCCACACAGACACUUUGCCUGAGGCUGUGGCUCUACAGAAUAUAGACAACGAAAAGGAACUAUGUAAACAGUUUUGUCUUUUACUGUAUAUAAUGUACAUACUGAUACAAACAUGCAACAGUGCUGGACCUAUAAGGUGUUGAUUUCCUUGUUUCAAAAACUGUAAAUAUUCAAAAAUGUAAAUGUGGAAGUGGCGUCUACAGCAAUAUCUAACUAAUGUCAUAAUGUCAUAUUGAAAUGUUGCAAAUAGUCUUAAGGGAAACAGAUUUUUGUUGAUUUAGAGUACUCAAACACAUCAGGGCUGAAGUCAUUUGGCUGAUGCACUUUUCUAUGAGGAUAAUGAAUGGAUGUUUGCCUAACUGGAAAUGGAAACGUAUGACCUGUAAUUAGGCCCUCUAGGCCCCAGUACUUCUGUAAGAGUUUGUUUCGUGGUUUAUUCGUGUGUAAUGCCUUUUGUUGUGAGCCGUGUUUUGGGGGAGUACACCCUGAAAGCCCCGUUUAAGGGAAACCUAUGUCAGCUUGUACACUUGGAGAAUUUGCCAGCAUCGUCAGAGCCCUUGCAGUGCAUACGUCCACCAAAUACCAAGUCAUUGUUUGAUGAUUUUCUAACUCCAGUCAGCACAUUAAUUAAACAUUUUGAUGAGUGAUUUUCUUCCAGCAAUCGUGCUACCACAGAAUCUUGGUGUUAACAAGUGGCAUCUUCAGAGUCAACAUAGUUUUACACACUCCAAUCACGCACACCACCAUCAGUACAUAAUUUGUACUGUGUGAGAAAUCGUACACUGCAGUCUGGCAGCUCCUGGUCGAGAGACCUGGAGACUUUUUAUACUGUAGGGAUUCAUUUUCACUUAAUUUUCACUUUUACUUCUUUCUUUCUUGUUCUUCCUCUUAUACUUCGUUCUUUCUUUUCUCUGGUAGGUUAUUUCCAUUUUAACUCCAAAAGAAGGGAACAAAAAUACAUCCAUGAGCAUUGAGUGUUGGUAGUUUCGUAUAGUUUACAAGCUAUUCAUAAAAGACUAGCACAUGUUGUUCACUCUAUAAUAAAAGUUUUCUCCUCCCUGCUGCAUGCUGCCUGCUGGGCGCUUCCUCUGCCAGUUCUCUUAAUGUCUCUGAACAGCAAAGCUUUUAACACUGACAGCAGCAUAGGCUCCAUAACACCGUGGCUGUCUGUCACUUCGUUCACCGCACGCAGAGAUAGUUAAUGUUUUUUUGAAAUGCUAAUCUGCUUUGGUCUGACAGGUGGAUUGUGACUUGAUGGAAAGCAGAGAGAUGAUCAGGAUGAGACAGAAAGAUAAUCCAAGAGAAAGUGUGGAUGUAAUGAACACAGCCUGAUAUUAACACUGAAAAUGAAGCAAAUCCCUCCCCGUGUGUUAAUGCAGCUCAUGUGUAAAGACUGCUGCUGAUAGAGGGAGGAUGAGAAGCAGAAUGAGGAUCCACAGCAGCUGUUUGUUAAACACACACUGCCGUCUCUCUCCGAGAACCCCAACGCACAGAUGGCAUUUUAAUGACAAAAGUUGCUAAAACUUCAAAGUGCAUUAUUCAUCUCUUUGUUUGUGUUUUCCCUUUUUCCUUGGCUUAGCCCACACAUUUUACAAGGGCGUGCUGCUUCCGCAGCACAGAUGCCAGAGGUCAGUUGGGGUCAUAGGUGUGGACCUAUGCUAAGUUCAAGUUACAACAAGUUCCCGUUACAUCGCCACAGCAACAGUGUUUAGACAAGCGUCACAACAUAGCGUCAUCAUUGUAUAAGUAUAAGAUGUAAAUUUUCGCCACUUGUGUGCAAAGAUUUGUGAGUUUUCGAACACCUCUAGCCACUCAAAAGUGCCAAUCAUUUGGGAGGAAAAGAACAAUUCCUUUUAAUUAGGGUCCUUGCACAUUUUGUGCUCAGGCCCUGAGAACGUGUGGAUUAUUUGUUGGACAGUGGCGUAGUUCCUCUCUGACAAUGCACUGGUUUAAAGUUGAAUUUUGUUCAGUGUAACUGUAGUGUUGGUCAAUAACAGUGAUGUAGUGAGUUUGAGUGACAUGCCAUAGAAAAAUCCAGCUUUUACCCAUAUCUGGUUGUUUGGUUAUCAACAAAAUCCUGUUUGAUGGAAAUAAAAACCAAUUUCCUUUUGAAAAGAUCA